GUGAUGCCGGUGAAACGUGCCAGACGAAAGUCACCAAGUGCGUGUCUCACGUGUGGCGGACGUGACGAGAGAAUGUGAAUAGCUCUGCAUGGAUUUUGAUUGCACACGAUGGCCAUUCUUCACUCCUGCUGCCUCUGGAAGUCCGUGCGGAAGGGCAGCUACGCCAGUGUCAUCUACACCCUGAUCUACUUCUCUGCGUCAUGCAUCACUAUUUCCAUCUUUCUCCACGACGAGCGUCGCUACUUGGCCGGCGAAGUGGAGAAACCAAGCGGGAAGAGCAUCCUCGAGAAGGAGGAGAUUUCCCCGACGACUGUGAUAUUUAAUAUUCUGCUGCUGAUCUGUGCAUCUUGUGGCGUUAUAUCCUCCAUUCUUGUUAUUGUUGGCCUUAGAACGAACCAGAGAGAACUCCUCCUGCCAUGGAUCUUCGUAAUGAUAGCGGACAUUCUCGUGGAAUGCACCCAUUUCGUCUACUUAAUAGUCCUGGAGACGCUCAAUUUCGAGCCACUAACAGCCACAUUAUUCACUCUAGAUUUCUUCAUAAUGUGUCUCAAUGUUUAUUGCUUGCUCUGCGUUAUUUCGCAGUAUCAGGAAUUUAAGGAGGGUCGCGGAAUUGCUGAAACACCAAAGAAUGUCUAUGGCCCAUACCAGAAUGUGCGAUAUAUCCCACCAACGCCAUCGAGCACAUGUCCAAACAGCCAACGACCAAAUAACCAUCGACAACUCACGAGUCCGACGGUCUGUCCACACACGAAUUGCACGAUUAUCCCGGAAGAGACGCAACUCAAUGGAUCUCUUGGUUUGUAUUUGAUUCCACACGAGAAAGCGGAGAGACUUAACGUGUGGUGUAGCUUUUCCCCACCACGACUUUCACUUUUCCCCGAGAGCACGAAGUGCCACAGCAAGGGGCGAAAAGAGACACGCUGCAGAGAUGGAAAAGCCAUUGAUGGCGAUAUGGCACAGAACAAUGAGGAAAUCAUACGAAAGAGAUCAUCGCAUAAUCGUCAGAUUAUCCGAUAAGACACUCAUAACAAUAUUGGCCCCAACACAUAACACGCUCACACCGGAUUUCAUGACAUAUAUGUUGGAAAAUAAACGCUCUGACCGCGGAAAAGCCUCCCUCGUGAUACUGAAAAUCGGCUUCAUUCACGCUCUACUUAUCAGAAAUGAAAUUGAUGAAUUCUCCUCGUUGGUCAUGCAAAUUUAUAGUCUAUUAGAGAAGUCACCGCAGCGUGAGAGCCG